UUUAAUACAAAUAGAGUUAAAAGUGCACGUGAUUUCGUUGGACUUUGCAACACCAAGUAACGAAUAGCUCCGCCACGAAUUAGUGGCGUAUCGUCUAUAUUCAUGUAUGGUAGAUUGUUACUUUAAGUACCCAAAAUCUUAACAAAUGGCGGUGCACUUACGGGAGGGCCUCCUAUUAGGCUUGGGUAAUCCUCUUCUUGAUAUUUCAGCGACUGUAGAUAGGAAUUUUUUGGAAAAAUAUGAUUUAAAAUCGAACGAUGCAAUUCUUGCUGAAGAAAAACACAAGCCAAUGUAUGAUGAAUUAGUUGAAUUGUAUAACGCAAAUUUUAUUGCUGGUGGUUCUGUACAAAAUACUAUGCGAGUAGCACAAUGGUUCCUGGAGAAACCACGAGUUGCAACUUACAUGGGUUGUGUUGGAAUAGAUAAGUAUUCCAAAAUUUUGGAGGAUAAAGCACGUGCAGAUGGCUUAAAUGUUCGUUAUCAAUAUACAAAGAAAGAACCUACUGGUACCUGUGCUGUUCUUAUUACUGGUAAUGAACGUUCCUUAUGUGCCAAUUUGGCUGCAGCCACUUGUUUUUCACCUUCGCACAUAGAAGAAUCUGAAAAUAAAAAAAUUAUAGAAAUGGCAGAAUACAUCUAUAUUUCUGGCUUUUUCUUAACUGUAAGCCCGGAAACAAUUCUGAUGAUUGCUCAACAUGCUUUAGAAAAAAAUAAAAUUUUCAUAAUGAAUCUGAGUGCACCAUUUUUAUGCGAAUAUUAUAAGAAACCAAUGUUGGAGGCUCUUCCUUAUGUAGAUAUUUUAUUUGGUAAUGAGGCGGAAGCUGAUACAUUUGCAAAAGCAAAUGAUUUUAAAACUACGGAUAGGAAAGAAAUUGCAUUGAAAUUAUCACAAAUGGAAAAAUUGAAUAAGAAAAGACAAAGAAUUGUUAUAAUAACACAAGGUCCCGAUAAUAUAUUAGUAGUUAAAGAUAACACUAUAAUUGAGAUUCCUGCUACAAAACUUCCGAAUGAUAAGGUUGUGGAUACUAAUGGAGCUGGUGAUGCAUUUGUAGGAGGUUUUUUGGCUCAACUUGUGCAAGGAAAAAGCAUAGAAGUUUCUAUAAAAUGUGGAAUUUGGGCUGCAACUCAAAUUGUACAAAGAUCUGGAUGUACUUACGAGGGAAAACCUGAUUUUACUCCUUAAUCACACUUAAGUCAGUUAGUAAUUGUAAAUUCUGUACUUAAUAAAUGAUUUAACAACUUUUUACCUCAA